CUGAAGCCACUGGCCUGCUCUUGGAACCUCAGUCCCCGCUUUCCCUCCAUUUUUGGAUCUGCUGGAACCCUCUAGAUAUGAGCCUACCAGCCAUGUCCGGUGGUCCCCGACCCUGGCCAGGUCUAGGACUGCUGCUUCUGGGGCUGUUGAUCCUGACAGCCAUGGUUGCCUCCUCUGUGGCUAACCCUGAAGAAAGCAAUGACGACCUAAACUGUGUGUGUGUGAAGACCACCUCCAGCGUCCAUCUCAAGCGCAUCACCAGCCUGGAGGUGAUCAAGGCAGGACGCCACUGCGCAGUACCCCAGCUCAUAGCCACUCUGAAGAACGGGAGGAAAAUUUGCCUGGACCCACAGACACCCCUGCACAAGAAAAUAAUGAAGAAACUCCUGGAGAGUUAGGGAUUUCCUUCCUAAUUCUGCAGUUUGUUACACUGAAUAUUAGAGUUCUGUGCAUUUUUUAAUCUAACUGCAAUCCUCUGUUUAUGUUAUCUUUUGAGUCUCAAAUAAAUGCAGUGAAUCAA